UUCCAGGGCUGACAGCUUUGGUAGCCAGAGCAGGUUCUUACGAGGCUGACGCCCCAGAUUUUUCUGCGUGUCCUUUAUGCCGGCUCCCGUCCACUCGCCCUUCCUCCUCCUCGCUCAGGUAAACGGUAUCUUUCGAGGGCGUGUUUCCGACUGAGAAGGCGCGGGCGGUUGUUUCCGUGCAGCCGGCAGAGGGCGCUUCGAUCACGGCCUCAGGCUCCCGCUGACCCCGCCCGGGCUCAGUCCCCUAUCCUCAGUAUUCGCCGGCGGGUCUCUCCGCUCAGCUUGCUGAUCUUCCUCGAGGCUGUCGGUCCCACCGAAGAAGUCGGGCGUCGAGUCGAAAGCAGGAGAGAACACCGAGCCCGCCCUUUGAGAGCCCGCGAAUCGAAGGGACGGCGGGCGCGGCUGCGCUAGGCUCGGGCAGAAUGGCGGCUCCAGAGCGAAGGGCCUUUGCGCACCGCAUUAAUCGGACAGUGGCAGCUGAAGUGAGGAAGCAAUUAUCCCGAGAAUAUGGGAGCUCCCCCCAGCUUUCCAAGAAGCAUGGUGGCACCCCACAAUCGGUGCCUCUGACAGAAGUGGUAGAGCCGGUAGACUUUGAGGAGUACCUUGGCAGCCACCUGCCAGAUGCUGAGCCUGGUCUGCUUCGUGACCUGGUUGAGUUUCCUGCUGAUGACCUGGAGGUGAUCCAUGAACCACGGGACUGCCAGACACUGGAAGCUGGCAUCCCUGAAGAUGAGAAGCAGGAUGCCCGUGUACGAGAUGCUGUACAAGUCUACACAGAGGACUGGCUAAUUGUCCAGAGAAAGUACCAAAGGCUGAGCACCAUGUACAGUGCUGUUACAGCUGAGAGGCAAAAGGAAAGGCAGAAGGGUCUGCCUAGGCAAGUCUUUGAACUAGAUGAAGUAGCUGAAGAGCGGAACAGUCAAGGGGAUUCGGAUGACAUGAAGCACUGCUCUGCCUCCCUGGAUGAUACACCCCGAGGCAGCUGGGCCUCCAGCAUCUUUGACUUGAAGAACUCUGCGGCUGACUUCCUGUUGCGCUCACUCUUGGUGCGCACUGCCAUAGAAGAGACUGACCGCACUAAUGAGGAGCUGCGCAAGAAGAAUCGGCACAGUGAGAUCCUGGCCCUUUACCCAGCCCCUGAUGAGGAUGAGGCAGUAGAACAUUGUAGCAUCCCAGAAGUUCCCAAGGAGCACGUUGGUCAGAGGAUCCUAGUGAAGUGUUUGUCUCUGAAGUUUGAGAUUGAGAUUGAGCCUAUCUUUGGAUCACUGGCACUUUACGAUGUGAAAGAGAAGAAAAAGAUCUCUGAAAACUUUUACUUUGACCUCAAUUCAGAGCACAUGAAGGGCCUCCUGCGAGCUCACAGUGCCCAUCCUGCCAUCUCUACACUGGCUCGCUCGGCUAUCUUCUCUCUGACACAUCCUUCUCCCGAUAUAUUCUUAGUAAUCAAGUUGGAGAAGGUGCUGCAGCAAGGGGACAUCAGUGAGUGCUGUGAGCCAUACAUGGUGAUGAAAGAGACAGAUGCUCAGAAGAACAAGGAGAAGCUGGAGAAGCUGCGGGUGGCAGGAGAAGAGUUCUGCACCCGCUUGGGAAGGUACCGCAUGCCGUUUGCCUGGACUGCCAUCCACCUCAUGAAUAUAAUCAACAGCACUGGUAUGCUGGAGAGGGAUGCUUCUGACUCUGAGGGUGACCGCAAAGGAACCUGGAAUGAGCGCAAGAGAAAAACUUACGAGCGUAUGAGUGUUGGGGAGGAGAUGUGCAGCUUCAGCAGCUUCCGCCCAGCUACCCUCACCGUCACCAACUUCUUUAAGCAGGAAGGUGACCGCCUCAGUGAUGAGGACCUAUACAAGUUCCUAGCAGACAUGAGGCGUCCGUCAUCUGUUCUUAGGAGGCUCCGACCUGUCACAGCCCAACUCAAGAUUGACAUUUCACCUGUGCCAGAGAGUGCCCAUUACUGCCUGUCUCCUGAACUGCUACAUGUCCAGCCCUAUCCUGACCUCCGGGUCCGGCCCACCAAGGAGAUCCUGGAGUUUCCAGUCAAGGAAGUCUACACACCUCACACAACAUACAGGAACCUGCUCUAUGUUUAUCCCCAAAGCCUGAACUUCAGCAGUCGUCAAGGUUCAGUACGGAACAUCACGGUGAAGCUCCAGUUCAUGGCCGGAGAGGACCUUGGCCAAGCCCUGCCAGAGGACCAAGGAGAGGCAGAGGGUUUGCUGACAGACUCUAGUGUGAGCUACCAGCAGGUUAUCUUUGGAAAAUCGAGUUGCAGUGAGUUUGCAAAAGAAGGCUACACAGCAGUUGUGUACCACAACAAGUCCCCUGAGUUCUAUGAGGAGUUCAAGCUGAAGAUCCCAGCGAACCUAACAGACAAUCACCACCUGCUCUUCACCUUUUACCAUAUCAGCUGUCAGCAGAAGCCAAAUACGCCUCUGGAGACCCCGGUGGGCUACACAUGGAUCCCCCUUAUGCAACAUGGCCGGCUGCGGACAGGCCAGUUUUGCCUGCCUGUGUCUAUUGAUAAGCCUCCACCCAGCUACUCAGUACUCACCCCUGACGUACAGCUGCCUGGCAUGAAGUGGGUGGAUAAUCACAAGGGUGUCUUCAGCGUGGAGGUGCUAGCAGUUUCUUCUGUUCAUACUCAGGACCAAUUCCUGGACAAGUUCUUCACCUUGAUCCAUGUGCUAGAAGAAUACACCUUUCCCUUCCGACUAAAAGAUGUGAUCCUGACAGAAAACAACAUGGAAUCUGAGUUGAAAUCCAGUGUGGGCAACCUACGGGUGGCUAGCCUGGAGCCUCUGGUUGCCUUUAGCCACCAGAUCCUCAACAAGCUCAUCCAACUCAUUGUGUACCCACCUGUCAUCGCAGGGCAGAUUGUGAACUUGGGCCGUGCUGCCUUUGAAGCCAUUGCUGUGAUGGUGAACCAAAUCCACAAGAGCCUUGAGAAUAGCCAGGACCAACAUGGCCACAAUCAUCUGUUGGCCUCUUACAUUUUCUACAUUUUUCGUCUGCCUGUGGUGGAGCCAGGCUUACAAGAGACUGGAACGCCACCCCACAGUGGCCCCAUCCAGUAUGCCACUUUCUCCCGCACAACUGGGCGUCCUGUCAGCCUUGAUCUCUCUCGUUCCAAAAGCAUCAGCAACAGCAACCCUGACCUGACCACCACACCAAACUCCUCAGAUGAAGAGGUUCAGAAGAUCAUUGGUAGCAAGGGGAUUGACCGCUCUCACUCCUGGGUCAACUCAGCGUAUGCCCCUGGAGGCCCAAAGUCUGUGCUUCGCAGGAAUCAUCCGAACUCUAGCAUGGACCUGAAGCAGGCUGCGGAGCGAGCACCUAAUCGUAUCUCCUCCUAUCUUGAGGGCUCCACUUUUGCUUCAGCCACCCUGAUGAGACCAACGACUAGAAAGCUGCUUCAUGAAGAACUGGCACUGCAGUGGGUGGUGAGCACCAGCUCUGUGCGGGAGGCUGCUUUGCACCAGGCCUGGUUCUUCUUUCAGCUGAUGGUAAAGAGUAUGGCACACCAUCUAUUCCUGUGUGACAAGCUGGAAGCACCUCGCAAGCUGCGUUUCCCUGGCCGUUUUGUUGAUGAUAUCUCAGCCCUCAUGUGCACUAUCAGUGCUGAAAUUGCUAGCCGUUGCCAGAAGGAUGUUGAGCUGGUGGAACAUCUCAACAGCAGCCUGGCCUUUUUCCUCAAUGACCUGCUAUCCUACAUGGAUCGUGGCUUUGUCUUCAACCUUCUGCGUUCUUAUUACAAGCAGAUCAAUAACAGGCUGCUGACCACCCAGAACCCCAAUGCCCUUAUUGCUCUGAGGAUGGACUUCAUCCGCAUCGUCUGCAGCCAUGAGCACUAUGUCACACUGAACUUGCCCUGCAGCGGUCUCUCCCCACCUGCUUCCCCGUCCCCUUCUGUCUCCUCAGCAACCUCCCAGGGCUCAGCCUUCUCCAGCCACGCUCAGGACCCGCGAGUGGCCAGCAUGUUUGAGCUCUCCACGGCCUUUCGGCAGCAGCACUUCUUGGCAGGGCUGGUGCUGAUGGAACUGGCCCUCAUUCUGGAGCCAGAUGCAGAAGGUGCCUUCUUCCUACACAAGAAGGCAAUCAGUACUUUACACAACCUGCUGUGCAGCCAUGACUCAGACACUCGCUACGUGGACCGUGCUGUUCGGGCACAUGUGGCUCAGCUGUACUUCCCUCUGAUUGGCAUCAUCAUGGAUGCUCUGCCCCAGCUGUAUGACUUCACAGAGAACCACAGCCAGCGAGGCCGUCUAGCCUCUGGGAUGGUUGAGGAUGGCAAUGGGGAUGGCAGCACCAUUAGUCAGUCAGUUGCAAUGGCCAUUGCUGGCUCUCCCCUGCCUCACACUCACCGGUCCACCAUCUUCCAGAUGCCAUCAGUGCCUCCCCGCCAGCACAGCAUGCUCUCUGCUGAGGCAAGUCGCAGCCUGCUGGUGUGUCUCCUCUGGGUACUGAAGAAUGCGGAUAAAGCUGUGUUGCAUCGCUGGCUUGCUGACCUCUCUGCUUUGCAUGUGAACCGUCUCCUUGACCUGCUGUACCUCUGUGUCUCUUGCUUCGAGUACAAGGGCAAGAAGGCCUUUGAGCGCAUCAACAGCUUAACCUUCAAGAAGUCUCUAGACAUGAAAGCACGACUGGAGGAAGCCAUCCUGGGCACUAUUGGAGCACGCCAGGAGAUGGUUCGACGCAGCCGAGAGCGCAGUCCAUUUGGAAACCAAGAAAAUGUUCGUUGGAGGAAGAAUAUCGCCCAUUGGAGGCAGAAUUCGGACAAAGUGGACAAAUCCAAGGAUGAGAUGGAACAUGAAGCUCUGGUAGAUGGGAAUAUGGCCACAGAGGCCAACAUGCUGGUGCUGGACACGCUGGAAAUUAUUGUGCAGACGGUGAUCUUAUCGGAAGCCAAGGAAAGUGUCCUGGGUGGGGUGCUGAGAGUGCUUCUGCACAGCAUGGGCUGUACUCCUAGUGCUGCCUUCCUGGAACACUGUUUUGCUACCCAGAGGGCGCUAGUGAGCAAGUUUCCUGAAAUGCUUUUUGAGGAGGACACAGAACUGUGUGCUGACCUGUGUAUGCGCCUUCUACGCCACUGCAGCAGUCGGGUGGGCACCAUCCGCACCCAUGCAAGCACCUCGCUGUACCUUCUCAUGCGACAGAACUUCGAGAUUGGCAAUAACUUUGCCCGAGUGAAGAUGCAAGUCACCAUGUCACUCUCCUCACUUGUGGGAACAUCACAGAACUUCAAUGAGGAGCACUUGCGGCGCUCACUGAAGACCAUCCUGACCUAUGCCGAGGAAGACCCAGAGCUGCGAGAGACCACAUUUGCUGAGCAGGUUCAAGACUUAGUCUUCAACCUGCACAUGAUCCUGACUGACACAGUAAAGAUGAAAGAGCAUCAGGAGGACCCUGAGAUGCUGAUAGACCUGAUGUACAGGAUAGCCAAGGGGUACCAGACAUCACCGGAUCUGAGGCUGACAUGGCUGCAGAACAUGGCGGCGAAGCACUCUGAGCAUGGGAACCAUGCGGAGGCAGCUCAGUGUCUGGUGCACUCUGCUGCCCUGGUAGCUGAGUACCUGAGUAUGCUGGAGGACUGCCGCUACCUACCUGUGGGCUGUGUCACUUUCCAGAACAUCUCUUCCAAUGUGCUGGAAGAAUCUGCCAUCUCGGAUGACGUCCUGUCCCCUGAUGAAGAGGGCAUCUGCUCCGGAAAGUACUUCACUGAGCAAGGACUGGUGGGGUUGCUCGAACAGGCAGCUUCCUCAUUUACUAUGGGUGGGCUUUAUGAGGCUGUCAAUGAGGUCUACAAAAUCCUCAUUCCCAUCCAUGAGGCCAAUCGUGACUUCAAGAAGUUGGCAGUUCUGCAUGGCAAACUGCAGGAUGCCUUCAGCAAGAUAACCAACCAGCGAAUGUUUGGAACAUAUUUCCGGGUUGGUUUUUAUGGCUGCAAGUUUGGGGAUCUGGAUGAACAAGAGUUUGUUUACAAGGAACCCUCCAUCACCAAAUUGGCUGAGAUAUCUCACAGACUUGAGGAGUUUUAUGCUGAGCGUUUUGGGCAUGAAAUGGUAGAAAUCAUCAAAGGUUCCAAUCCUGUGGACAAGGCCAAGCUGGAUCCUAACAAGGCAUACAUCCAGUUGACUUAUGUGGAACCAUUCUUUGACACGUAUGAACUAAAGGAUCGUGUCACGUACUUUGACAAGAACUAUAACCUGCGCACUUUCAUGUUCUGUACUCCAUUCACGCUGGAUGGACGAGCACAUGGGGACCUGCGUGAGCAGUUCAAGCGCAAGACUUUGCUCACCACCUCCCAUGCUUUCCCUUACAUCAAAACCCGCGUUAACGUCAUCCAUAAGGAGGAGAUUAUUCUCAUUCCCAUUGAGGUAGCCAUAGAGGACAUGCAGAAGAAGACCCAGGAGCUGGCUUUUGCCACCCACCAGGAUCCACCUGAUGCCAAGAUGUUGCAGAUGGUGUUGCAGGGAUGUGUUGGCACUAUAGUCAACCAGGGACCUCUGGAGGUGGCACAGGUAUUUUUGGCUGAGAUCCCUGAUGACCCCAAGCUCUACCGUCACCACAACAAGCUGCGACUGUGCUUCAAGGAUUUCACCAAGAGAUGUGAAGAUGCCCUUCGCAAAAGCAAGACACUGAUUGGACCAGACCAACGCGAGUUUCUCCGAGAGCUGGAGAGGAAUUACCAGCGCCUGAAGGAAGCCCUUCACCCUCUUCUCAACCACAAGAUCCCUCAGCUCUACACCCCUCUUGCCCCACAUUCUGCAUACAGAAACUCCUUCAACAGAUUGAGUUUGAGGAAGAUUGAAGGCUAGAAAGGGAAAGUCCCCACUGGAAUGGACUGCCUGAACCACAGAGACCACUUGCAGAAGAAUACUACUGAGCCUGGCAACUUCCAGGGUUGCAGCCAUGCUGGAGGAUAUGCCUCUUGCUCUGUGAUGGGAGGGAACACGUGAGAUUUGGAGUACCCUCCUGUGUCAUUCCAGACUUUCUCCAGGGUGUGGGGCAGUCAUUCACUCCAACAGGAAAGAGGAUGUUUGUGGGAGCUAGCCGUGGGAGUUAUCUGGCUCCCACUUUGUGUGCAGCUGAGGAUGGUGCUUUAUCCUCAGGAAGCUUCACACUGCACAGCCUUUCAGAUGAGGCACUCCAGCUGUGAAACUACGUGCAGGUCUUCUUCCCUACUGAACUCAAGAGUUGCUUUUGCCCUCAUGGGCCUUCAACCUUCACAUAGAGCAGCCAGAACUGAAACGUUGGGUACGGUUGCAAUUGGAGGCCCACCCACUGUGGAUUCUGAGUUGUUGUCUUCUGUCUGACAGCUUGGGGUCAGCCCAUGAACUUGGGCUUCCUUUUGUCUCCUGCUCUCUUUUUGGCUGCCAACUAUUUGUUCAUGGAUCAAAAAGAGUAACUGGACCAAGUUCUUGAUCCUAUUCCUGAUGCCUGCUGGGGGUGGGGGGGGAAGAGAAAGUCAAAGAUAUCUGGGAGUGAGUUAGGGGGCUGAAACCUAGGGUGCCUGGGUUCUGUUCCUGGCCAUGGGAGGGGAAGAGGUCCUUGUGGUAAGAGUUUGAUCUGCCUACGAAGUGCUUGGGCCGAAGGCCAGGAGCUCCGACUUGCACCCCGACCUGCCAGUUUUUAUGCAGCUGAAGGGCCUUCUGCCAACUGCCUUCUCGGAUCCUCAACUUCUUCAUUUGCAACAAGGACCAAAGACUCUUUUCUAUUUCACAUGUCUCUUGCUAAACCCAUUCCAAGGCAGGGGCUAGUUUUGGACACGCACUUGAUCACAACAGUGCCUUCUAGAGCAGAGUGGAGUUCUGUUCACCUCCUUCUGCCCAAAUGCCAAGGGGCUGUGUAUGCACUGCUUGUUAAGAGGAUGAAUAACUAUGAGCUGCCCUUGCUUCAUCUUAGUCAGUGCCUCUUCCCCCAUCUUUUCAAGCAAGUGGUGGAGAAGGAAAAUCAUCCCUGCAGGCUAGAGUUGAGUUUAGACUUUGACCUCACUUUUAGGGGAAUAAAUAUCCUCGGGGGGGGGGGCUGCCCAUAGUGACAGAAUGAAGUACAUUGGGGAGAAAUUGGUGUAUCUCAUUUCCUUUAUUAUAAAAUGAUUUGGGGAUAGAUGACAGCAGCAAAAUGCUCAUGGGUUUUUACUAUCAGAGAGAAAAUCCUUGACAGUGAUGGGGAGCAUUUCAUCAAAAUAUAUGGGAUUGAUCCAGACUAUGUGUCUGUAUGAGCUCCCUUGAUUUGGACUGGGUUUAUGUAUCCUUGCUUGGUUUAACAUCAUUUCUGGCUAAAACAAACAACUAAAGCAGGCAGAUUUGUGUAAGCAGAGGUGAAUCUGUUCCAAGUUUCUCCUUUUUUUGUUUUCAGAGGGCCAUAUUCAACUAACUUGUUGCACUAGGGAAAGCUAGCUUAAGGAGCACAACAGGACUCUCCCCCCCAAAAAAAAUCUGCUCCAGAGGGUCAGGAUAACCCCUAGAACAGCGCACAGGGGGAGGAGUUGGGAGAUUGUUCCAUCAGUGCAAGCAUUUUUCUUGCACAAAGGAACAAUCUCCUUAGCACUAAGUUGAAUACAAUCCACAGAUUUGUACAGGUGCUGGACCAUUGCAACAGGUAAGCCUUCCCACUGUUUCUCUCCUGCCCUCAGUCCCCCUUUGAAAACUGGAGGUUGGUGCUCUUACUUAACAGUGGAAGACAAAAGGACUUCAGUGCUACUUCUAACCAAAGCUACAACUGUUUGGAUCCAAACUGUCCCCCUGCAACCACCCUUUUGUCUGGAUCAGAGUGUUCCACUUAUCCUGCUUUGCUCAGGGCCAGAUAUUCCUGACACAAUAAAUGCCACAUUUGUGUCAUGGGAGUCAGCUGAGCCUUGGUUUCUGUUUGUCUUGCUCCUUGGUGGAGAAGGUUGUAAACAUUUUAUUUAUAAUGCAGUUUUUUAAAAAAUCCAAAGAGACUGACUGUCCUUUUUAAUGAAUAGAGGAAAAGUCUCAUUUGUUUGCACUCAAGGCACAGGAAUUUGUACUAGCUACAGUCACACCAUAAACUACAAAAUAUGAGAACUAAUAUAAGAGCCCAAGUUUCCAUUUUUUAACUGGCCAAGUUCCAGGUCCUUGUUAGGAAAAACAGCCCAAGAGCAGGGGCAGGUUUUGCUUCAUGUUUUGAAAUUGUAGGGCACACUUAGGAUGGCACUGUUGUUGUCCCCUAAUCCCUGUUCCUCCUCUGUUUUGACAUACUUGUUUCUCUCUUCCUUACCACCACAAAUCUUCUUUCUCCAGCCAUUGGUUCAGCCUAAUGGCUCUAAAAACUCCCUUUUAACAAACGCAAGCUCUUAGUUUGAGCUAAUCCAAGUGCAGGUUGUGGCUUUAUUUCUAGUGCAGCCCUUCUGCGUCAGUAUUUCAGAAUCAUCAGGGUUGUCAUGUCAAGGACUUGAAUGUUCAGAGGCCUAGAAAAAUAGGCAAGAAGAACCUUUUUGUGGUGAGGUCCUUGGAUGUAAGAGACAAGUGGGACAAGGAAGCCCAGAGAGGUGGAUGUAACUCUGGCUGUGAGUGUGAAGCAAAAAGUAAAAGGAGGAAGAGGCAGAGGAGGGCCUUACGUUAUGCAGACCAUUUCCAAUACCAGCUUCACAAGCCUGUCUCUGCUGUUCAGGAACAAACAAAAGGGAGCCUGACGGGUGAAAUGGAGAGCUUGAGGCCCAGGGUGGAAGAUCUAGCCUGCAGGCAAGACACUCCAGUAACAGUGAGAAUUGGGUUCAGAAUCUAAUGGGCCCAGACGCAAGGCAGAAGUGUAGGUGGUGUUCAGUAGGGUCCUGUUCUCAAUAUAGGGUAGGCUGCUGCUGUGAUUGAGCCUAGGCCUUGACAAACUACCUGCCCAAAAGAAUGAGAGUUGGUAAGGACCUACUGAGCCUCCUGAAUAUGGAGCAGGGAAAACUGGGCAACACUGUCCCUGUUAAGUAGAUCUAGUAGUGAAACAAAAGAGUGAUGGGGGAGUUGAGGCAAAGAGAACUAACCUCCAUGAAAUCCCAUAGCAGAUAGUGCUUGGGGUGUCUUUCUUGGAGUAGACAAAAGAAAAAUAAAAGGAGGGGAGCUUUUAUCAUUGAAGCUGUCAUGCAAAUCCACUUGCAUGCUGUGGUAGAUCAUCCACAGCAGUGCAGCAUGUCGUGCUUUAAUCGUUUCCAGAGAGGUAGCCAUGUUAGUCUUUUGCAUUAAAAACAACAAGGCACCUGUAGGUCAGGAGUACACUUCUGAUGCACUGGACUGUAGCCCAUAAAG